AAAACCUUACUCUUGCCUGAAAGUCUGACAAUUGUGAUUACACGUUUUACCAUAAAGAUCCCUCAGUUCCUCAAAAUGAGAGUUUGGAGAUGUUUUCUUCAUCUGACAAUAGUUUGUGUUCUGAAUUACAAUCUAUCUACAGGAGUACUAAGUCCCCAGAUCAGGCUGGUCAAUGGGACCGGUCUUUGCUCUGGCAAAGUGGAGGUCAAUUACAGUGGCCAGUGGGGGACAGUGUGUGGUGAUAACUGGAAUAUGACGGACGCAGAGGUGGUGUGCAGGCACCUCAACUGUGGCAGUGCUUUGAGUGCCCCAAGGAACGCCUCCUUCAGUCAGGGCAGUGGGCCGAUCUGGAUGAAUGAUGUGAAGUGCUCUGGCAAUGAAAGCACACUGACACAGUGCCCACACUCUACCACACACAACUGCAGUGGUGAAGAUGCUGGUGUUGUCUGCUCAGGUGUUGGAGUUUCGCCUAUCCUGCUUUUUGCCUCUGCUGCAGCAGUGGGUCUUCUUCUGUUGGUGGGCGUUUCCUACGCAGUCUGGGGGAGGGGGAGGAGCAGAACUAUCAAGAUAAACCACACUGAAGCUGCCAUGAAUGUGACCUCUCUGGGCUCAGAUUGUGAGGAAGAGGAUGACUACGUUAACGCAGAACAUGUGGGUUCAGAUUGUGAGGAAGAAGACGACUACGUAAACGCAGAACAUGUGGGUUCAGAUUGUGAGGAAGAUGACGAUUACGUCAACAUAGGACAUCUGGGUUCAGAUUGUGAGGAAGAGGACGACUACGUCAACGCAGAACACAUCGCGAACAACAGCAACGCGGAGUUGAUGAAAGGAUGCCAUACAGAAAAGUAAGAGAAUAGGGAGUUGAAUGCUGAAAGGGAUAUUCUAGAAAAUGACAACAGUUAUGCAUGGGAUAUUCGGUGCCAGGUUUCAAGUAGUUUGAAUGUUUGCAUUCAUCCUCAGGAAUGCUCCAGAAACAAUGAACGGGUGUGUGAACGACCACCGUGUUGGGCCAGACAUAGGUGGGCAAAAGGAAGUCUAUCACAACACAGAUCUUUAUGGAGUCCUCCAAGGCAGUGAUUGUUCACACAUAUGAAGCUGGACUGGAGAAUGACAGAAUAUAUGCAAACUAUGAAUAAGGCUUUUGAAGGAUCAUAGCAUGUUAAUUGUAGAUAUAUGUUGUGUGUAUAUAUAAAUAUAUAUAGAUAUAUAUUUAUAUAGUUAUAUUUUAAUAUACGUGUAUCAAAAUACA